GAAUCGGCGUUCCACGUUCGCAAGCAUCUGCCAAAUCGGCGAUUACUAAAUUACUCAAAUACCCUUAUCUCCUUAAUGUUUCUAUUCUGCAUAACCGACUUUUGACUUUCCCAAUUCGUAGGGCUAUAUGUGUAAUUUGCUAUUAUUUGGUGACUGGAAACGGAUACAUAUGCCGGCAAGCUGUGUUUCCUUUGCCUUGAUUCAACUGGUUCUUUCGAAGCAAAUUUCAGCGCCGGCUUUCGAUCCCAGAAGCUAGUAGAAUCCAUGGCCUCCAAGUUACUCAUGCAUGAACAAUUGAGGAAGAAGAUGUUGGGAUCAAUUGAAGUUCGAUCUCCUCUCGGAAACCCUACUAAUUCUUCCUCUUCCGAUUCUCCCCUCUCUCUGCUUCACAACUACUCCAAUUUCAAGAAGAGUGGUUUACCUUCACGUUUUAUGUUCUAUUUCCGUAGUUCAUGGGUUGAUUUCCCUACCCAAGUGCUUGAAAUCUUGCGAAUGGCUUUCUCCGACCGGAAUCCAGCGGUGGAGUUGCAAAUUGAUGGAUCGAAGUACUUAUUUGAUUUGUACAGGAUGUUGCAGAUUGAUUUAGACACUGGUAGACAGAGAUCGGUUUCUUGGAUCGAUGAUAAGGGUAACUGUUUCUUCCCUAAAGUUUUUAUUGGGGAAGAGACGGCGAAUAGCUCCCCGAUUUCUGGUAGUCCGAAAAUUGAAAUUGAGAUUACAAUUGAUGGGAAAUCCGGGAAGAGAAAGAGGGAAACGAUGGAAGAAAAUGAAGUCAGUUCCAGUAACGAACAUAUGAAAGUGAAGGCAUCGAAAAUUCCUCGUGUCGUUAUGAAUGAUUCAGAAACUUCCGUAUGGCCGAAGACGAAGGUGCUGAAUGAAGGGGAUAGUGGGUAUUCGUUAGUAAGCAAUUCGCUUCUCCCUUCAAUGAAAAAAGUUGAUUCUACCUUUUCAAUCUCCGCAAUUCAUCGGUGUACCCGAACGGGCCCACUGGAGAAAGCUCGUCUCGAUGUGUUUCUGAAGCAGAAUGAGAUUACAACGGCUGCUCGUGGUGUGUCUAAUAUGGUUUAUGCAUGGUAUGGAGCUUCUGCAAAAACUUUAGCCGGAAUUUUGGCUCAUGGGUUCGGAGAGCCAGUUCAGAUUCCUGCUUCUGAUGCCACACAUGGCAUUGGAGUUUAUUUAUCUCCAUGGGGUUUGCCCCAUUUAAGUUCUAAGCUAUCGGAGGCCGAUGGCAAUGGCGUUAAACAUAUGAUUUUAUGUCGAGUUAUAUUGGGGAACAUGGAAAAAAUUGAAGCAGGAUCUCGACAAUCCCAUCCUUCGAGUACAGAGUUCGACACUGGUGUGGAUGAUCCAACAUGUCCAAAACGUUAUAUUGUAUGGUGUAGCAAUAUGAACAGACACAUUUUACCAGAAUAUAUAGUGAGCUUCAAAUCAUCAUCUCAUCUGCCGGGUAAGUUGAGAGAAUCGACUGAGACAAAGUAUCCCCUUGCGAAAUUACUUUCGAAGAUGAGGAAUUCCUUGCCUCCCUCUAAAGUUCAAGAAGUUGCGACGUUGUUUCAGAAAUUUAAGGUUGGACAAUUGGCAAAAGAUGUUCUUGUUAAAAGGUUGCGAUCAAUUGCUGGAGAUGAGAUGCUUCUAUCCAUAUUUCGUGAAAGUCGUGGAUGUCAAUGAGGUUCUUCCAAGUUUUAUUUGGAAGCAUUUGGAAUUUCAAUAAUUGUGCUUUACUAUUUCAUAUAACAAGUUGUCAAUGUUACCAUACAAGUAGUUUUAGCAAAGAAAGCUCAAUAUACAGUAGAAAGAUUAGAAAAACAUUUGUAAUUUUUCCUUAAAUACAUCUUAUAUGCAGAGAUUUUCUGAGA